AUGGCUCUUUUAUUUCUCCCCCUUACUGCUUAUCCUCCCGCUGUAUCAGAGUUCAACGGCCAUACAGGCAUGGCUCUGAUUCACUUUGAGGAGAAUGCAAACGGGUGGGAGGCUUUAUCGAAACUGGAUAAGGCAUAUGAAAAUUCAGGGCUGGGGAGAGAGGGGUAUUUGCGUGCGAGGAAGGGGGAGACGAAGGAGUUAUUCGCAUGGGCGGCAAGGGAGAAGGAUCUGCAGGUGGAGGGUGAGGAGGGGCCAGUAGGGAGUGUGCUGCACCAGAAGCACAAGGCGACCAAGAGCCUGAGAAAGUGUGAGAUGAGGGAGCCAAAGCGGAAAUCUCAGCAGGAACUGCUGAAGGAAGAGCAGGGGCAUCGAAUGGAGGCAGUCUCGGAGGAUGAGUUGCGGAAGCAGAUAGCUAGGGAGGCGGAGGAAGCAGAGAAAGCGGAGGCGUUACGGAAACAGGGAGCGGGGGAGGCAAAUGCGGCGAGGUCGAGGGAGACGGAGGAGAGGGAGAUGAGGCAGCUGGAGGAGGAAUUGGAGGAAGGGGAGGUUGAUGGGAGUAUGGAAGACGAGGAGGAGGAGGAGGAGGAGGAGGAGGAGGAGGAGGAGGAGGAGGAGGAGGAGGAGGAGGAGGAGGAGGAGGAGAGGGUGAGGCAGCUGGAGGAGGAAUUGGAGGAAGGGGAGGUUGAUGGGAGUAUGGAAGACGAGGAGGAGGAGGAGGAGGAGGAGGAGGAGGAGGAGGAGGAGGAGGAGGAUGAGGAGGAGGAGGAGGAGGAGGAGGAGGAGGAGGAGGAGGAGGAGGAGGAGGAGGAGGAGGAGGAGGAGGAGAGGGUGAGGCAGCUGGAGGAGGAAUUGGAGGAAGGGGAGGUUGAUGGGAGUAUGGAAGACGAAGAGGAGGAGGAGGAGGAGGAGGAGGAGGAGGAGGAGGAGGAGGAGGAGGAGGAGGAGGAGGAGGAGGAGGAGAGGGUGAGGCAGCUGGAGGAGGAAUUGGAGGAGUCUAAGAGGAGGUUGCAACAGGAGCAGGAGAGGUGCUUGCGCCUGUGGCACGACAGGAGACUGAGUGUUUCUAGUGCGCACGCGCGCGGGGAGAGGGUGAGGCAGUUGGAGACGGAAUUGCAGGAGGCAAAGGAGAGGUUGCAGCAGGAGCAGGACAGGUGCUCACGCCUGUCGAAUGAUUUGGAGUCGGAGAAAUGCAAUGUGCUGACUGGCAAGCAGGAGGUGGCGAAGGAGGUGGAAGAUCUGAAGGGGUGCUUGGAGGAGGCGAGGGAGAUGUUAGAAGGGGAGCAGGACAGGUUCACGCGCCUGUGCGUGGAUGUGAGGGUGAAGGAUGACGACCUGCUGCGCGCCAGGAAGACUGUCAUUGAGUUCCUGAAGCACAACCAGAAAGUUCUCAAGGAAGUGACCCUCCCAGGAGUGGCCGAGCUCGUAUUCAGGCCUCCUGUGCGCCCCCAGACAGUGGGGCUGCUGAAAAAGGCACUCUGGCUCAAGGCUUUCCGGGUGUGCGACAAAUGCAAGGCGUGCCCCGCGUGUCGGGCGAUCAAGUCAUUUAAGACGUGCGAGGAAUGCAAGGCGUGCGAGGAUUGUGAUAAUUGGAUGUACAACCUUGAGUGGAAUGAGAUUUUCACUAAGAAGUUUUCGAAGUGGGAGGAGAUGUUGCAGUGA